AUGGAUGUCCAAGGCAAUGUCGAUUCGGAGCAGCCCAGUAUGCGUGACCCAGCGCGUCUUUGCUGCCUUGCCCUUGCCUCCACCUUAGGAAGCGGCAAGCUUGCUUACCCGGAUAGCCAAGCGUACAACGCAUCGCUGGCAUCAUACUAUUCGUUGCAGCAAGAGGGUAUCCGUCCAGCCUGUAUCCUAUCCCCCCAGACAACUCAAGACGUCUCGGAAGCAGUGAAGAUCUUGGCAAAGCAAACGGCCAAUGGUCUGUGCGAAUUUGCCAUCAGGUCCGGUGGCCACACCAGCUGGGCAGGUGCCUCCAAUAUUGCUGGAGGCGUGACACUGGAUCUGCGCGGGCUCAACGGCAUCGACGUCAUCGAAGAUGGGAAAACGGUCCAGGUCGGUCCCGGCGCAUCAUGGGACGCCGUCUACCGGAAGCUUGACCCCCUGGGACGCAGCGUCGCGGGCGGUCGCGUGGCUGGCGUGGGCGUGGGCGGGCUGACCCUGGGAGGCGGCAUCUCUCACCUGUCACCCCAGCACGGCUGGACUUGCGACACGGUCCGAAACUAUGAGGUCGUCCUGAGUGACGGAGCGGUGGUCAACGCAAAUCGGGAUGAGAACGAGGACCUGUUCUUUGCGCUCCUCGGCGGCGGUAACAGCUUCGGCGUGGUCACCCGCAUCGACUUCGAAACCUACGAGCUGGGCCUGGUCUGGAGUGCUUCCGUGAUGUCUGCCACCUCUGUGCUUGACGCCAACAUCAAGGAGUUUGUCAGACUCAGCGCAGCCGACGCCUAUGACGAAAAGGCUUCGUUCCUCUUGUCAUUUGCUUACAUCGGCUCUAUGAAUCUCACAGCCCUCGCCAACACACUCCUGUAUGCCGAUGCGGUGGAAAACCCUCCGGUCUACCAGAACCUCAUGAAGCUACCGGCGCUACAAGUCAGCACGGGACUGAAAAACAUGACCACCUUGUCUGUCGAAGCGGAGGCCAUGGUCCCGAAAGGGGCUCGUUCUCUCUACCGCACCCACACCGUCAUCUCGACCGAAGCCGUGCUCCAUGCCGUGCACAAGGUUUGGAGCGACGCCGUUGCCGUUAUCAAGAACGUUUCGGGUAUCUCAUGGGUCACGUCGUUCGACCCUCUCCCUCCGUCCUUCUACGCUCGUCACGCGGCCUCGAACGCUCUGGGCUUGACCGGUCGGGAUGGUGCCGCGCUGCUUGUGAUGUUGCUAGACGUCAGGUGGAGCGAGGCGGCUGAUGACGAGAAGGUCGCCUCCACUGCUGAAUGGCUAUUUGACAAUAUCAAGAAAGAGGCACAAGCUCUCGGCGCAUAUGACCCAUUCAUCUAUCUCAACUACGCAGGCCCAGAUCAGGACCCGAUAGCGACCUACGGUGCGGAGAAUGUGGAGCGGCUGAAGGCAGUCCGGAGCCGAGUAGAUCCUGGUGGGCUGUUCACCGAGCAGGUGCCCGGGGGCCACAAAGUUCCCAGUAGAUGA